ACAACUCACUUCCAGCCCAGACUCGGCCACUCGAGUCAAGAAAAAGCAAAUCACCGAGUGAUGAAUCUGUGCUGACUGAUGAUGAUCAAACUACUCUCAGUCAAAAGAACACAGAAGAUGACACAGGAUCAGUUGCUGUGCCACUGCAGUGCCCUCUGCAGGAAUGUGCCGGCAUCGUAAAGCAACAUCAUCAAGCUGCAGAGCUGUCCUGCCUCUCAGAGCAGGGUGGUCUCUGCAAAGAAAAAGGCACAGAAAUGACAAGUGUUGACAUUACAAAUGUAGCGGUUACAGGACAAGAAGACAAAGACCCCAGCAGUGAUUCUCAACUGGAGACCUGUGGAGUAAAUAAGAAGAAUGAAGAAGACGGGGAGGGAGCGGGGAGGAAGCAGCAAGAAUGUAACAUAUCACCAGAUCAAACCAGCAGUGAUCAACUCCAGGUCUCAAAAGAUGAUAAUGACUCCACCAUUUUGGAGAAGCAGAUAUAUUCAAAAAGAAACUUGGAUUUAGAGAAAAACCAAGAUGAACCCAGCACCUGCACAAGUGAUGCCGAAGAGUCAACAGCUGGUUUACCAGCCAAGAAGAAACGAAGAAUGACAGAGAAGGAAUGGAGUCACUCUUCGCAAAACAAUGAAAACUGUCCGAAUGGAGCAGAGAGUUCUGAUAAACAGAUCUAUGAUAAAACCCCCACAUCUGUGGCUUUGGAAGAGAAACCCCCUUCAGCCUCAGCUUCACCUCAGCACGUCUCAGCAGACUGCAUCGCAGAGCGAAGUGAGGCCGAGCCGACGCCUCACAACAGUCACCGCCCAGCUGAAACUGAAGUCCAGAUUGCUGUUGCUACCUCAGAGGGGACCAGUAUUUUGUGUGAUCCAGAUUCCCUGGAAGGAAAAACUCCUGAGGCUGAAAGAUGGCCCGGUCCAGAACCGACUGAUAACCCAGAAUCACAUGAAAAUGCAGAGGAAGAAGAGCAGCGUUUAGAGAAUCAGCAGCUGCAGGAACACAAAGAAAUCAUUGCUGAAAAUAGAGCUGAGGUGCCUGAAAAACAAAUGGAAAUAGGCUUAGGAGAGUCAGCAGACGUAAAUUUAAAAUCUACUGGAACGAGUCAAGUGGAGGAGAGUGAUGGCAAGGAUGGAGCUGAAGCUGAUUUUUCUCAGAUGACGAGGGCGAACGAGACCGGAGAUGAAAAGAUGAGAUGUACAACAGAUGGUGUUAAAGAAGCUGUUUCUUCUGCAGACAAUGGAAGCGUCCAAGAGUGCGAUCCUGACGACAGCGGUGCUCCUGGUUCUUCUACUGGAUGUACUCCGAGUCAGACCAGAGGCCCAGAUGACACGUUUGGAUUUGGUUGCUCAGAUUAUGUGUCUGAUUCCCAGCUCAACACCAUCGUUCUCGUGGAUGAGAAGAUGAUGGAGAAAAAUGAACCUGAUCUCUCUGUUCAACUCGAGGAUGCAACAGAUCUGAUAUGUGGACUGAUUGGAGAACUUUCCUCUCUAAAUCGAAAGGUCAUGGUGGCUCAUCGACAGCUGGACAACCUGCGACGCAAAAAUACAAAAGGUUUUGCACGUAAAGGAUUUCUUUGAGGCUGUUUUUUCAUCUUAUAGUCCAAAGAGUUCACAAGCAUGCUUUUUUAAGCGAUUACAUUGAUUCAUUACUAUUUUAUCGUUUUUUACUGUUUCAUUGUCAACUGGAAUGUUUUUUUUUUAAUUCCUCUGAUGUUCAGAUUUUUAUUUCAAAAUAAAGUUUUGUUUACCAUUAAACUAUAUUAAUUCA